UUUUCGGUUUUAGGCGCCAGCUCCCCGCGAGUGUUGACCAAUCGAGACAAAUAGUGCCACGUAGCCACCCUCUUCUUUAAAUAUGCUCCCGAUCUUUGACUUCUCCAGUCCGAUUCUCCAAAUUUUACUUGCAGACAACAUAAACAAAAACAAAAACAACAAGUCUCGGCAGCAAUGCAGAAUCUAAUGGCGAGGCGACUCGAUCAGGGAAUCUCCGGCGAACAAAAUCAGCCCGCGCCGCCGCAGCUCACCUUCGAGCAGGAGUGCGCCGUCAUGGUCUCCGCCUUGAAGAAUGUCAUCAUCAACGGAAAAUACAACAUUUGCUCGUCUUCAUUAUUAUCUCCUCCGGCGUUCUCCGGCGCCGGAGAAACAGAGACCCGUCCUCCGGCAGGGGAGCCGCUGCUGAGCAUACCGGAAGGUUACACGUGUGGGGUUUGCAUAGUAUCCGGCUGCUUGGGCUGCAACUUCUUCGGAGAGCCAAGUGACAUUUCCCCUAAGAAGAAAAUGAAGAUGAAGAAGAUGAAGAAGAAGAAGAAGAACUUCAAGGGAGUGAGACAGAGGCUGCGGGGAAAGUGGGUGGCGGAGAUAUGGGUCCCGCGAAGGUUGGGUCGAGUGUGGCUCGGAACAUUCAAGACAGCGGAGGAGGCGGCUCGAGCUUAUGACCGAGCCGCCAUCGAGUUCCAGGGCCCACAGGCCAAGCUCAACUAUGAGCUCACGGAUUAUGUGACGACAAGCUCCCAUCAAGUACAGCCGGCGCAGUCAUUGCAUGAAGAAAAGAAUAACAAUGCCGCCGGGAAGAUGGAGGUGGGGAAGAGUACAAAUGAAGAAGAUGAAGGGUUUGAGUUGGCCCCUCCAGGUUUCCUCUUAAACUGCGGCGGAAAUGAGGAGGUGGAGCAGCGGUCUCUCACCUACAUCCCCGACGACCCGUUCGUCUCCGCCGGCAACAAAUCGGCGGUCAGGCUGCCCCACAUUCUUCCCACCCUGACCGCCGUCCGUUAUUUCCCGGGGAACAAGGCGAGGAAGCACUGCUACACGCUGCCCGUGGUCAAGGGGAAGAAACUCUCGGUCAAGACGGUGUAUUACUACGGCGGGUUCGACGGCGGGAAAGAGCCGCCGGUGUUCGACCAGAUCAUCGACGGGACGAGGUGGUUCGUGGUGGACACGAGGGCGGAUUACGCGCAGGGAUUGAGCUCUUAUUACGAGGCAAUCGUCACGGCCCACGGGAUGGAGCUGAGCAUCUGCCUUGCCCGGAACGAGCACACGGCGGAUUCCGGCAGCCCUUUCAUCUCCGCCGUCGAAGUGGUGUAUCUCGACGACGCCCUCUACAACUCCACCGAUUUCCAGAAAUUCGGCUUGGCCAGCCUCGCCCGGCACUGUUUUGGGUCGGAUUCGGAUCUGAUCGGGUACCCGGAGGAUCCAUAUAACCGGUUAUGGCAACCAUUCAUGGACCAUAAUCCAUCGGUGUUGAGCCACUCCCAAGUGGGGCCGGGGGCGUUUUGGAACGCGCCGCCCAAGGAAAUAUUCACGACGGCGUUGACAACCAGCAGAGGGAAGACGCUCACGGUCCACUGGCCGCCGUUUCCUCUCCCCAGUACAUAUUACCACAUUGCCCUCUACUUCCAGGACAAUCGCACCCCGAGCCCGUAUAGCUGGAGGACAUUCGAUGUCCAAUUGAACGGAAAGACAUUCUACGCCAAGCUCAACGUUACCACUGACGGUGUCACUGCUUACUCUGCAGCUUGGCCUCUCUCUGGCCAAACCCAAAUCUCCUUGGUCCCAAACGAAGGGAUUCCGGUCGGGCCUGUGAUCAAUGCAGGGGAAAUUUUUCAACUCAUGCCUCUAGGAGGGAAGACCCUCACUAGAGAUGUGGCAGCAUUGGAGGAAUUGCAGAAGAGCUUGAAGAAUGCACCUGAGGAUUGGAAUGGGGAUCCCUGCCAACCGAAAGAAAACGGAUGGACGGGUAUCGGGUGUAGCAAGGGGAAAUCGUUCCGAGUAGUCUCUUUGAACUUGACUGGUUUUGGACUGAGUGGAACGCUAUCUCCAAGCAUAUCGAAAUUGACUGCAUUGUCUUAUAUUUGGCUGGGAGAUAACAAGCUCUCGGGUGCAUUGCCUGAUAUGAGUCCAUUGAAGGCACUUCAAUCUCUGCAUUUAGAGAACAACCAGUUUGAAGGAGCCAUCCCAGAUUCACUUGGCCAGCUACCCAAACUCGGAGAAGUGUUUCUCCAGAACAACAAGUUGAGCGGAGAAAUCCCGGAGAGUUUAAGGAACAACAAGAACAUAAACCUCGAGGUUUCCGGGAAUCAACUGUCAGGCUAAGAACGAAGUGGAGGGACGAUAUUUGGACCGGUACGAGAGACCGAAGAAGGUAUAAGAGAUCGAUGAAGGUGGGUGAAGAAAUGUGAGAGUGAAAAAUGUGUGGUUCUUGGAUUGCAUGAAUGGGAAAUGUAAAGGGGGGAAAUCACAAUCCUGUAAAUAUUAAAUGGAUCAGUAAAGAAGUUCUUCAAUG